AAUGGACUUCUCGCGGAGAUGAAUCACAUAUUGAGCUCACGGCAAAUGUUUCACAUUUCGCAUUAUAUAAGAUCAUUCUUUAUAUAUACACUGGCAUUGUAGAUCUAAGAGAUGUUGACAUGAGAACUAUCCUUGAAAUUUUAACCGAAGGUGAUGUUUUUCUCUUAGAGGAGCUUUCUUCUCAAGUAGUACAAUACCUAUAUUCUGAUAUUAAUAGGUUCAUAGGAAAAGAUAUGGUGAC